UCAAGGGUAAUUCGUAAUUGGUUAAUUUAACGUUUUCAGUAUUUGAGUAUUAAUAACAAUUUUUUUAUCGAAUACAUUAUGGAAAUAUAAUAUUAUUGUCUAACUUUUAAUGUUUUUAUGAAAAAUUUUAGUGUUUCCAAAUGUUUAAACACCAUUAGUUACCAUUUAAGGUACCAUUACGACAAUGAAUAAAUAUGAUGAUAUUUGCUGGUAUCACGGUAAAUUAUCUCGAGAAGAAGCAGAAAAUAUUUUGGUUCGAGAUGAUAAAAAGGAUGGCCUAUUUCUUGUCCGUGAAAGUAAUUCAUCAACAGGUGAUUAUGUUUUAUCUGUCUAUUACAAUGAGCAAAUUAGUCAUUUCCAAAUUAGACGACACAGAGAAGAUGCAUUUUUUUCUAUAGACGAAUAUUUGAAGUUUCAUGGAUUAGAAGUUUUAAUAGAGCAUUACACAGAUAAUCCAAAUCUGCUAUGUGAAGGAUUAGUUUUAACUGACUAUGUGAAAGGAUAUCCUCCACCCCAUGAUUCUAGAAGACACGGUCGUACAAACUUAUUACAUCGUGCCACAAAUGAAGGGAGUUACAAAGUAGUUACCGAACUGUUAAAAACUGGAUAUCCUCAUGAAGCAAAAAAUCAGGAUGGUCAGACAGCAGUCCACUUGGCGAGCAUAUCGGGAAAGAAUGAAAUAUUAAGGAAACUUAUCCAGUCGGGCGCUAGUGUAAAUUUAAGAGAUUCUGCAGGUUUUACUCCUCUUCAAUAUGCUUGUCAAUUUAAUCAUCCUUCAACUGUCAGACUCUUAGUACAAAUAGGUGGUGCGAAUGUUCAAGCUAGAAAUACCGAAAGUGGAGCAGUGCCAUUACACGAAGCUGCAAGUAGAGGUCAUAAAGAAGUAAUUAAUGAAUUAUUAAGUUUAAACGCACCCGUAAGACCAAGGAACAAAGAUAACCAAACUCCAGCUCAAUUGGCUAGAUUGAAAAAUCAUAUCGAAUGUGCAGAAAUAUUAGAAAAUUAUAAAUCUCCAACUACAAAAACAAAGCGUACUGAAUGGUAUCACGGCACAUUAGACAGGCAAGAAGCUGAAUCUAUAAUUAAAAAAUGUAGUACACAGAGUGGUACAUAUUUGAUAAGAUUUAGUGAUCGCAAUGGAGAACAUGUCUUAACAUUAUUAUAUGAAGAUGGAUUUUAUAAUUACAUAAUACGUAAUAAGGACGGUUAUUUAUUUAUUGAUGAUGGUCCGUAUUUAGAAUCCUUAGAGCAUAUUGUUGCACAUUAUAGUUUAAUGCCAGAUGGACUUCCUACAGUAUUACAAUUUCCUGUGCCACCAAGACCUAAACCGCCAGUUCCGCAGUUUUCUACAAUGCCUAGACCUAGAAAAAAGUACCAAUUGAAAACUUCGACAAAAGAAGAGUCCUUACCAGAUGACUCACAAUUAAAUAAAUUUUAUCCUAGUCAGUUUCAAAAUAUAUCUUUCACAGGUGAUUUCAAUACUAUCAAUAAUAACAAUAAUACAGAUAACGAAGAUGAUUACAUACCCUCAUCACGGUUACAUAUAGGAAAUCUAAUAGGUGAAGGAGAGUUUGCCGCUGUUUAUGAAGGUACUUACACCAGGAAGAAUGGAGAGUUAGUAAAAGUGGCCAUCAAAACAUUGCGUAAUGAACAAAUAGAAACAAAUCGAGGUGCCUUUUUAUGCGAAGCUCAAGUUAUGAUGAAACUGAACCACCACUGUGUCGUUAAACUUAUUGGUCUCUCUAGCGGGCCUUCUUUAUUAAUGAUACAAGAAUUGGUGCCUCAGGGAUCUAUUCUACAGUACAUUGAAAUUAACAAGGACCGAAUCAAUCCGAAUUAUGAGUUUAAAAUAUGGGCAGGACAAAUAGCGUGUGGUAUGCAAUAUUUGGAAGAAAACAGAUUUGUUCAUAGAGAUUUAGCAGCAAGGAACAUUUUAUUAGCGAGUCAAGUUCAGGCCAAAAUUAGUGAUUUUGGUCUAUCUAGAGCUCUGGGAACCGAUCAUGAAUAUUAUCGUGCGUUAAAUGGAGGAAAAUGGCCAUUGAAAUGGUAUGCGCCAGAAUCUUUCAAUUAUGGACAAUUCUCACAUAAAAGUGAUGUUUGGAGUUUUGGUGUUACUAUAUGGGAAAUGUAUUCAUUUGGAGAAACACCUUAUGAUGAAAUGAAAGGUUGCGAGGCCAUAAAAUUAAUUGAAGAAGGCAAACGUCUUGAACAACCCAACAAAUGCCCAGAUCACAUUUAUGAAAUUAUGAAACGCUGUUGGAUGUAUGAUAAAGAGAAACGGCCAAGUUUUAAUGAGCUAGUAGAUCUUUUUAACUCCGAUCUGGAAUAUAUAAAUAUAAAGGAAUUAUUGCCAAAAACGAAUCUCGCAUAAGACUUAUCAUUUUUUGUGCCAAAUCAAGUUCCAUUAGUUAAAAUUAUGUAUUGUGUAUUGGACAUGCCAAUAAUUUUGUAGAAAUAAGAAUUUUAUGUAAGAAAUUUAGAUAGCGUUACUUUUUAAAUAGAUUGAAAUGUGGAAAUAUCGUACCAAAUUACAAAGAUCAAAACUCAUCUGUUUCAUAAAGUUUUCUCAUUUACAUUAUGUCUUAUGAUAACGGUAUAGAUUAUUCAUAUUAUAAUAUGAAAUAGACACGAUAUCUCCUAAAUGUUUGUAAUUAUUUAUUUUUAACGAAAUUUGAUAAUGCAUU